GGCAAGUGCCAGUUGAUCCGCAGCAUUCGCUACGAUUGGAUACGGUACGCUUGAAGCGCGCGCGCAUACGGUGCACCAAAGGGAUAAUUUUCGGAUUCACCGCCCCUUUGUGCCCCUUCGAGAAAAAACGAAAUACCAAUGAAUUUCGCAGAAUAUGUUGUUGAAAUGAAAAGACAGACGAACAGAAAUGUGCUAUACAUUGGAAACAUAGGAAUGUAGCGAGCGUACAUGUGUAGCUGUGCGCGGGCGUGCUUUUCAGACGAGUUUCCCGUCCAUUCGUCAUUUUCCUCAUUUUCCGAGAAACACAUUGACAAGAUUGGAGAAAACGCAAUGAUGAUCCCGACGAUACGAGCCAUCGUUGUUUUAUUAUUCAUCGUCGAUUUCGAUGCUGUGGCAGCUAAUACUGUGACAUCAGCUAAGGAGGAAUGUAGGAAAAGGAUAGCUGAAUGCAUGAUGAAUGGUGGUGGAAGCAUGCCGAUGUGUGGAAGUGACGGAAUCACAUAUUCCAAUCAAUGUCAAGUUAUUUCUAAGCAAUGUCAAGGCAUGUCCGUCCUUAUCAAACAUUCCGGACCUUGUCCAGAGACACCGGCAUGCUUAUCAGCAAGACUGAUUGCUCGACCGGGUGUACGACCCGCUUGCCAAAACGAUGGAACGUAUAUGCCGGUUCAGUGCCACGCGGAGACCGGGUAUUGUUGGUGCGUAACGCCGCAAGGCCGGCCGUUGCCCGAUACAACGGUAAGAUACAAAAAACCGAGAUGUUUGAGAUCCGGUUCCAGAUCUGCUGCUUCUAUUAGGAGCGGCCAAAGGCGACGCUCACCUCAGCCUUGGAAACAUAGACCGUAUGUCGGUAGUAAUAGGCAGCGGAAUACCUGUGAUCGCACUGAAAAGUCCAAGUUUAACGCAAACCUCAUCGAAAAUUUCAAAAUCGAAUACAGACGGACUAAUAUAUCCGCUGAAGAUGUUAAAAAUGUCGAACGGGUAUUGUCGUGGAAAUUCCUUAUGCUGGAUCAGAACGCGGACGGCUACUUGGAUAAGGAAGAAUACAAAGAGCUCAGAAGACUCGCCAAGAAGGCAGUGAGACCGAAGAAGUGCGCGCGCACGUUUGCUCGCACGUGUGACCUAAAUCGAGAUUUAAAACUAUCCAAACAGGAAUGGGGUGCUUGUCUCGCCAAUGACUUCACUCUACGUUUAUUCUUGUCGCUGAACCCGGCAGACGAGCGUCCCGAGGUCUCUGAGGCCCAAAGGACACGGGCCACGGACCAAGGUGAGUCCCAGUCUUGCAUUUUUCCCGUUUUCUUUCCUAAUACUGUCAUCAUUCGCUGCGAAUAUUCACGGCGAAAUUCCAUGGAAAGUGUUACCCCGGACAUAGGAACGUACUUAGUCGAUCGCACAAAUGAUUGUAUAUCGGACAGAAGAUCAGUGUUGGAAGAUCAGAAGCCAAAACAAAAUAUAUACAUUCCACAAUGCAUGUCCGAUGGAAGGUAUCAUCGAGUGCAAUGCUAUUCAGGUUAUUGUUGGUGCGUAUAUCAAGAUACAGGUAAGCCAAUACCAGGAACAUCCUCCAAGGAUCGUUCGCCGAAUUGUAAUCCAGCUCCGACUCCUAGUAGACCUAUGAAAGGAUGUCCAGAGUUGAAAAAACAAUUAUUCCUUCGGGAUUUAAUGGAUCUCAUGCAGGAGAAAAUGGAAACCUCUAGCAACAAUUCUAAUGAAACUACAGUUAAAUGGGAGGCUUCUAAGGAGGAAAGGAUAGCCACGUGGCAUUUUGUAAUGCUUGAUAAGAAUAAAAAUAAGGUUUUAGAAAGAAAAGAAUGGAAAAGUUUUCGUACAAUGGUAGCGAAUAAUAAACAACUUCGGAGAUGUGGUAAAAAAUUACCGAAAUAUUGUGACAUCAACAAUGAUAGAAGGAUCAGUAUGACAGAAUGGCUCAGCUGUCUCAAUGCUCAGCGUCCAACAACAGUCGAUGAUCCAGCGAAAACAUCAAUUACUCCAAAAAGAAUAGGUCCAAAUCCAUUAGACCGAUUCCUCAAUGAUGAUGACUAGUAUAUGAUGUGAUAUAAAUUGUGUUCGCAAUUUCAUCAA